AUGGCUAAGACAGGGCUAGAGAAUUUGAUAAAGAAGGUUUUAGAAAAGCAACAUGCCGCAACUCAACCAAUUUUGGUUAAUAUCAACGAAAGUGAACCUGUAGAUAAUGAGGUAGCAGCUUGUUCUCCAACUCCUAUGGGUGAUCAUGAUGAUGCUAGUUUUAGUGAGGCCACUAAAACUUCAAGAAUAUCUACUCCGGCUAAAUCUUUAGAGAACUUAACGCUUUCUAAUAGAUUUGAAACUGGGACCGAAGAGACUGAUGAGGUAGUUAUUGAAACUGAUGAUGAAGUUGUGGAUACGGUGGAUCAGGUAUCAACAACUACUUCCAAGGCAGCAGAAGAUGAUGCAAGAAAUUUGGAAUUACUUGCUAAAAAAGAACAAGAUGAUCAUGUUAUUACUAAUGAGGUGAAUGGUGAGAGAGGUAACAUUUGGGUGUUUUGGAGGAAUUCUCUGGCAAGGCCGAAUGUUUUAUCCUCUUCAAAACAAGCUAUCACUUUGGAUUUUUCUGGUGAUUAUAUCACGGCAGUUCAUGCUUCUUUUGACGCGGUGGCAAGGAGAUCUCUUUGGCGUCAAAUGGGGUUGGGAUUUAUAUCUAUUUCGUGGUUGGUGUUGGGGGAUUUUAAUUGCGUUUUGCGUUUGGACGAAAAGAAGGGUGGUAGGCCGAUUAAAGAAAUUUAUAUGAAUGAGUUUCGAUGUUGGAUAUCUGACAAUGGUUUGGUGGAAGCGGAUGCUAUUGGGAAGAAAUAUACUUGGCCUAAUUGUCGGAGUGGAAUACAUAGAAUCGUUUCUAAACAUGAUAGGGUUGUUAUAAACGAUGCUUGGUAUGAUAAGUACGCUAACUGGAGGUGUAAAGCUAUGCCAAGAGUUUGCUCUGAUCAUUCCCCUCUGUUUGGUUUUGCUUUUGACAGUCCAAGGACGAAUAGGGCUCCUUUUAGAAUUCAGAAAAUGUGGCUUUCUCAUCCAUCUUUUUUGGAUUUUGUAAAGGAAAGUUGGAGUGUUAGGAUGGAUGGUGCGCCUCCUUUUGUUUUCACUUCUAAGUUGAAGAGACUGAAGGAAGCCAUGAAGAUUUGGAAUAGAACUGUGUUUGGGGAUGUUCAGUUUCGUUUAAAGCAAGCGGAAUUGAAUCUUGAUAAGGAGAAUGAUAUUCUGGAUCAAAAUGUUGGGUGUGAGUUACAAUUUUUGAAGGUUGCCGAUGCUAGAAAGGAUGUUGAUGAGGUGCGAACUGAGUUGGCAGUUAUGCUUAAACAAAAAUCGAGAACUAAUUGGUUGGAAGAUGGUGAUCAAAAUACUCGAUUUUUCCACAACAUCAUAUGCAUGAGGAGAAGCCAAAACACAAUCACUGAAUUGAAGAUUUCUACUAACUCUACUUUGAUUUUGCAGGAUGAAAUUAAGGAUUACAUUGUUGAUCACUACCGUGCAAAAUUCAAUGGUGGAGGGUGCAUAUUGAUCCAAAGUUGUUUGAUAUGA